CCGCGGCCCCGCCGGUGUCUCCGGCCGCCCCCGCGCUCCCCCCUCCCGUUCUCCUCCUCCUCCUCCCCUUCCUCCUCCUCUCCCCCCGCCCUUCCCGCGCGGUGGUUCGCUCCUCCCCGCCCCUUUCCCCCACCUCUGCCGUCCCCUCCCACCCCCGGCUCCCCGCGGUGGUCUGGCCCGGCCCGGCGGCGGAGGGAGCGGCGGAGCGGGCGGGCGGGCGGCGCUGCCGGGCGGGGGUCGGCUCUCGCUCUCCGGGGGUCUCGCUCUGCGGGGACGCGGCGAGGAGCGGGGCAGGGCGGGAGACACAGCGCGGCGAGCGAGGCAGCGGGAGCGGCUCCCCGACCGCGGGCAGCACCAUGAGUGAACAGAGUAUCUGCCAAGCACGAGCUGCUGUAAUGGUCUAUGAUGAUGCCAAUAAGAAAUGGGUACCAGCUGGUGGAUCAACUGGAUUCAGCAGGGUUCAUAUAUAUCAUCACACAGGCAACAACACAUUCAGAGUAGUGGGCAGGAAGAUUCAGGAUCAUCAGGUGGUAAUAAACUGUGCCAUUCCGAAAGGGCUGAAGUACAAUCAGGCUACACAGACCUUCCACCAGUGGCGUGAUGCCAGGCAGGUGUACGGUCUGAAUUUUGGCAGCAAAGAAGAUGCCAAUGUCUUUGCAAGUGCCAUGAUGCAUGCCUUAGAAGUAUUAAAUUCACAGGAAGCUGUGUUCUAUUUAGGUCCUACGUUGCCUCGACAGAAUUCACAGCUUCCCUCUCAAGUGCAAAAUGGUCCAUCACAAGAAGAAUUGGAAAUCCAGAGAAGACAGUUGCAAGAGCAACAGAGGCAGAAGGAGCUGGAACGGGAAAGGCUGGAUCGUGAACGAAUGGAACGGGAGAGGCUGGAGAGAGAGAGGCUAGAAAGGGAAAGACUUGAAAGAGAGCGCCUAGAGCAGGAGCAACUGGAGAGAGAACGGCAAGAAAGGGAACGGCAAGAGCGCCUAGAAAGGGAGAGACAAGAGAAGGAGAGGCAGGAUCGAGAAAGACUUGAACGACUUGAACGGGAAAGGCAAGAAAGAGAACGACAAGAACAGUUGGAAAGGGAACAGUUGGAAUGGGAAAGAGAGAGAAGAAUUUCAAAUGCUGCUCCAUCUUUCGACAACUCCCCGUAUAGCACUUCACUUCCUGAAUACUCCAGUUGCCAGCCUCCUUCAGCACCUCCUCCAUCAUAUGCAAAAGCAGUCUCAGCACCAAUGUCAGAGGCCACACCGGAGUACGCUGUAGUGACUUCUGCACCACCGACUUCCACUCCCCCUACACCGCCUCUAAGGCACUCUGCAUCACGUUUUGCUACAUCUUUAGGCUCAGCUUUCCACCCUGUUCUCCCCCAUUAUGCUACGGUUCCUCGUCCGCUGAACAAAAGUUCUCGGCCCCCUUCUCCUGUCAAUGCCAUGGCGACUUUGCCUCCAAAUACAAAGCCUGUUGCCUGGUCCGCACCCAGUUUUGCCCCUCUCCCCCCGUCUCCUCCAGUAAUGAUAAGCAGUCCACCAGGCAAAGCUACUGGUCCGAGACCUGUCCUCCCAGUGUCAGCUUCUAAUCCGGUGACCCAAAUGUCCACGUCUCCCACGGCUCCUAACGGGCUUCCUGAAAACCUGGCUUAUCCGGUUCCUUCACCUUCUACCUCAGGUCCAACGCCGCCUCCGCCACCUCCUCCCCCCCCACUGCCUUCCCUUCCGCCUCUGUCACUCUCUGGACCUCAAGCUUCUCCUUCUCCCAACUCCCCGAAUGCCUCGACUCCCUCAUCCAAGCCUAGUGUUCUCCCUUCUCCCUCUGCAGCUACCCCUGCCUCUGUUGAGAACUCUCUAAACUCUGUGCUGGGAGACUCCUCUGCUUCUGAGCCAGUCUUGCAGGCAGCCUCUCAGCCGAUUGAACCUACGACCCAGCAGGGUGGUGUCCAAGGACCACCAGCACCUCCUCCUCCACCUCCCCUACCCCCUGGCCCAGCUCAGUCUUCAGUAGCAGCCCCACCUCCUCCUGGCCCACCACCGCCUCCUCCACUUCCACCUUCAGGGCCUCCGCCACCGCCACCACCGCCUCCUCCACUUCCUAGCCAAGUUCCUCCUGUUCCCCUUCCACCUCCUGCUCCUCCCCUCCCAGCCUCUGGAUUUUCAGCGGGGUUCGUGUCCGAAGAUAAUCGCCCUUUAACUGGACUAGCAGCUGCACUUGCUGGAGCCAAACUUAGGAAAGUCUCACGGGGUGAAGACUCCUCCAGUUCAAGUGGAGGAGGAGGAGGAGGCUCUGCUUCAUCUGCUUCAUCUAAAACAGAUGGUGGCCGUGGAAAUGGACCACUUCCCUUGGGAGGCAGUGGGUUGAUGGAAGAAAUGAGCGCCCUGCUGGCCAGGAGGAGAAGAAUUGCUGAAAAGGGAUCAACAGAACCAGAGCAGAAAGAAGAUAAAACUGAAGAAUCAGAGUCUUCAACUUCUAAAGUUUCUUCAACAAGCACACCUGAACUAACAAGAAAGCCUUGGGAAAGAACAAAUACAGUGAAUGGAAGCAAGUCACCUGUUAUCUCCAGACGGGAAUCUCCGUGGAAAAAUCUGCUUGCUUCUGAAAACAGGUUCUAUGAUUCAUUAAACAGACCAAAAUCUACACCAACGGGACAACCUAGUGCCAAUGGAGUACAGUCAGAAGGUCUAGAUUAUGACAGAUUGAAGCAGGACAUUUUAGACGAAAUGAGGAAGGAGUUAACAAAAUUAAAGGAAGAACUCAUUGAUGCUAUCAGGCAGGAACUGAGCAAGUCGAAUACUGCAUAGAAAGACUAGUACUAAGCCGAUGUGACUCUUUAACUUGAUAUAAAACUGACUACGUUUUGUGAGCUGUUAGAAGAAAACGGAGACAGACAGACAGACACUUGGAAGGAGGGAGAAACAACCUAUUCUGAAAAGCUUCAGACACAUCACUCUGGUGAUAUGCUAUUCCCCCUCCUAGUUUGCAGCUUUUUUCUGACCUUUACAGCAGGGUGGAAGAGACUCUUAAAGUUACUGUAAUGAUUAUGCAGAAAUUCCUACACCUAUCAGACAAGAUCACAAUGCUUUGAAGUCUACUCAUGUCAAGUUAAAAUUGCACAUGUUUCAGAAUUCAUGCUGGUUUAAAGGUAAACCGGUGGGAGAAAAUGAACCUAACUUGAGAGAUUACAAGUCAGACUCACAAUUUACUAAGAAGAUUACAAUAAAUACAAUGAUCCAGCGAAAACUGGUUUUAACCCCCAAAGACAGAUGUAUAACCCAGCACCCUGGGACAAGAACAGUGCUUGUUAGCCCCUGUGCUGAGCACCACGUGGUCCCUCGGGUGCAAAGUAAAAGGAAAGGAAAACCUGUUGGUCCAGAUGAUGGUCGCAGUCCUGUUGAGGUAAUGAUCGCAGUUGCAGUCCUGUUGGAGUUCUGGUCUUUCUCUCGAUCUGCCGAGUGGUACCAGAAGUCCCAAAACCCCAAGGUUAUAUGUGCUCAGGUUCAGGUGGGAAUGUCCAGUACCUCCCCUAGGGCAGGGAGUUUCACAAUGGGUGAUUUAACUCUGUGAGUCAUGGGAUAUUUUUGGAGUCUUUAAUGGUCUAGGUCCUUGCAGCUGCCUAUUAUGCCAGUCCAGUAUGGCCCAUUAGCAGAGAUGACCCCUCAGGCUGGGUGUGAAGGUGCUAAUGCUUCCCGGAGGGGAGUAAUCACAGCUGAGUCAUUAGUGUAAAGACAAAGAAACACUCCUCACAGAGUUCUUUAACGCCCAGCUUGUAGCCUGAGGUGUCAGGUGUGCCCUGGGCAGCUGCUGCAAAUGAUCUAUUAUUAACAGUCCAUCAGAAAUGACAUAGAGGGUGUAGAAUACACAGUUUUGGUUAUACCCACAUUGUGAUAAACUGGUCCCGACCCCUGUAACUAGGACAGUUGUUAAGACAAAAAACAGGGAAAAGCUUGGGAAGGCUUUUCAGAGAGGUUUUCUUUAUUAAUGAAGGAGUUAGCAAGUUAUACUGUUGUACUUCAAAUGUAUCUCAGGUUUGUCUUCCUAUCAUAUCUGAUAUUUCCAUGAAUAAUUUAAGAGAUCAGAUGUGUAGAAGUUCGGUUCACAAAACACGGAACAAUUAGAAACGCGCGCUUUUAAAGGGCAAUAUUUGUAAGUGAAUGACCUAGACGGUGAUAACAUAUCAAGACUUUGGAAUUUUAUGAUAGGAAGCCUCUCUAGUUAGCCUUCAUGCAAUUUUAUAGGAAAACAAAAAAAAGCAAAUACAGUCCAGAGUUUAAAGAUGUAGAUGCCUUCCUACAUUGUUACGAUGCUUUACCAAAUCUAAGACUUCUACAUAAUGCGAAUCAGCAGUCAAAUGUAAAUCAUUAGUAUGUUGUAGAUUUACAGUAGAUUUUGGGGCUUUUUUUAGAUUUAUGCAUGUGGACAUUUUUGUAAUGUAACACAACACAGCCAGCUUUUUAAUUAAAAGAAAAAUUGCAUGUCACAGAGUAGCCUUUUCAUUUGUAAGGCUUAAUUUAUGCCCAGAAAGAUGUGGGAUGAGGGAGGGGGAAGGUGACACAUUUUUAUUACUUUCUACACUUUUUCUUCAUCUUACAUGCAUGUGUAAUAAUGAGGAAAACAUAACUUUUAUCAGUAACCAUGUUAAUGGAACCAGGUACUUAAUCCUUUUGUAUCUUUUUUCAGUUUUCUAUUUGAAAUUCAGUAGUACUUCCAUAAUGGUUCUGAAACUCCCAGGUGAACCAAACUCAUUUCUCAGUGAGAGAAAAAAUGUGUAGGCAUCUGAAUUACUGAGGAUGCCCCUGUGUAAGUGCGUUGUCCUUUACCUUUUUACCAUGACCUUCUGCUUCACUCUUUUCUGAGACUCCUUUUUUGAUUGUUUAAUGAACAGAACAGCAGUUACCUUAGAACAACAGAGCAUCAGGUCACAGUAAAUGUCCCCUUCUCCUCCUAAUUUAUCUGCCAUCCUCCUUUCCAAAAACAAUCAAAACCAACAAAACCCCCCACAGCUCCACACAACCCAAACCCAGAAAAACAGCAAUGCCAUUGGUUUUGUUCAACAAUUUGAGAAUCAUUUUUAGGGGAGGUGAUACUUUUCUGUUUCCCAGGGUUUUCAGAUCUUAUGCAUUUAAUUUUUUUUUUUUAUUUUUUAUGGUUUUUUUUAAUGUGGUACAAUUCAGUGGAAUAGAAAUUCUUUCAAUUGGAUCUGUAGUGCUUUGGACAAAGAACAUGGAUCAAAAUCUUUCCUUUCCCUUUGCACGGUCAAUUUUUCCAAGCUGUAACAGUGCCAUGUUUGCUUUGGGAUCUGUGCUGAUCAAAAAGAAAAGUUUACUUACAACUUUUGGAGAGAUUAGCGUUUCAGCUUAUGUGUAUGUGCAGCUUCAUUCAUAGGACAAAUGCUUUCCAUAACAUACUGUCUUUGAGUGCUGAACACCAAAGCAAAACAGCACUUAACAGCUUUGGAAAGGCUUCAGUAGGAAAUUUUUCACCUGUUCAAACGUUGCCUAUUUGUAGAGGUUCAAAUUCUAAGAGUUGACAACAAUGGAAAUAUUACCUAACUCCAUUUGUUAAUUUUUUUUUUUAAAUAAAGAGAAGCAACAACAUUUUUCUGCAUGCAUUUAUUGGAGGCAUUAAAAAAAAAAAUCCAUAGUAAGCUUGUCAAGUACUGUUUUUCUCAAAACAAGAGGAGGCAUUUUCAUCUUUGUUGAUGUAACUUUUUGUUUUACAUGGACUUUUUGAGCAUUAAGAAUGUUUACCCUUGUCAGAAAUCACGUUUGAUUUGUUUCUAGGAGAGUUCAGGAGUAGCAUAGUGGAAUAGUGAAUGGGUACAAGUGGUCCAAAAUUAAAGGCUGAACUACUAGAUUGUGCAAGGAACUGGCUUAUGCACUAAACGUUUUGUGCCUUGGUCUACAAUUAACAUGAUUUCUGUUUAAAAGAAAAAGGAACAGAUGUUGUCUUUUGUGCUGCUUCUACAUACAUACUUUCUGUAAUCCCAAACUGCAGAAUUGGUUCUUUCCAGGAAAUCGGAUUGAAUUAAAGAUUACUGUAGACAUUUCCUGACCUACUGACAGUUGCACCGUUUCCAGAGAUUUCAGUAUUGAAAAUGAACUGCAGAAGCUAAGAUUAUUUUGCUUACUGGUGACUAAGUUCUUUAAAAACCAUAUUGUGGUGGUUCUGUGCUUUUGUACAACGGAUGUCUUAAGCUGAGGGCAGUUUAAGGGAUCCUUUCUAAUGCCAGGAGGGCGUUGCUUUCCUCAACACUGUGAUCUGACCUGUGAUAAACCUGCACUACAGACAAGUGGCUACCAAGUCAACUGCAAACCAACUGAAUGUAAAAAUCUUAGUGCUGGUGCUGAAAUCUCUUCAGAUAGUUCAUAAUGAUUUCCAGUUCAUUGUUUUAAAGUUAUCGAGCAUCAAGUGUCAAUCAAAGACUGAAGCUGAUCACUAAUGAAUGUUGACUUUUCAUGCAUUUAGGUUUACCUUCUUUUUAGUUUCUCAGUUCAUUCUCUGCUAUUUUUAUCAUAUUGUGUCAUUUUAAAUUUCUUACAUGCUAACGUUUUGUUUGAGCGAAUGAAAUAAAAUUGCAAUAUAUAUACGUUGCCACCAUUUAUUUCUGGAAUGUCAUAGAGACUCUCUGAGGUUUACUGCUCAAAUUCCCAAAAUUUUUGAUGACCUUGGUCAUUCCUUACCCUUGAUUCCACCUCUCCUUUCUGUUUCUCCAUCAGAAGAUUCAACAGAGAUCAGUGAAGACUUACCUUAUAAGGAAUGUAAUUGCAGGGACUGUGUAACAUUCAUGAAUGGUAACUGCUGUACAUAAAUUAAAAUUAAUUUUAAAUGUA